AUGAUUGAAGAAGAGGAUGAUGAUGAAUUAAUAGAAAAACGUAUUGAAUUACGACAAAAACUCAAAAGUAAAUUAUUAACAUUAUCACCAUCAUAUCAUGUUUUAAAUUCAUUUAAUAAUUUUAUACCAAAUUCACGUGAUAUAGAUUUUAUUGAAAAACAAGGUCUUGAUUGUGUUAUAAAUUAUUUAAUUCAUAAUAAUUCAAUAGAAUAUUAUGAACAAAUACCAAAUAUAUGUUCAAAUUGUCAAAUAGAUUCAACUGAAAAUUGGUGGUAUACAUUAACUAAUACUAAACAAUUGAUUUAUUUAUGUGAUAUAUGUGAACAAAAUCGAAUUCGACAUUUUAUUCUUGAACAACAUCGUCAAUCAAUGAAAUCAGCCUUUUUAAAAGCUAAAGAAAUUGAACAUCGUUUAGAAGUUGAUUAUCAAAAACAAAAACGAAGGAAAAUCUAA